AUGAAUUGUGCCAUCGUGUUAUUGCUCGUUAUAAAUUUGUACAGUUUGGGGGAGAUGGCGUGCGCUAAUUGUGCGAAUGGUGAUCUUAGUGUGACCGAGCUCACGGAUGUAAGGAUACAGUUUGUUAAGCACCAGAUACUGAGGAAGUUGAGGUUGAGUAGGAAGCCGAAUGUGAGUGUGCCAGUCAACAGCCUGCCAAUGCCAGUCGCUCAGGGACAGACCAGCCAAGGCACUGACAAGCCAUCGGAGUUCAAUGAUUACUAUGGAAGAACUGAACAGAAAAUCAUUUUCCCAGUGGAAGGUGAAUGUCUCACUUCUGGACGCUAUCCCUUCAUAUGCCUGCAGUUCGAACUGCCUCCAGAUGUCGAGCCUGAAGAGGUCACUGUAGUAGAGCUCUGGUUCUAUAAGGAGCGUGACCCUCUAGAUGAAUAUAACCAGACUUUCGUGAUCUCCGAGGCUGCACAUUGGGACAGUCAACAGAAGUUCAAGAAGACGAAACCUAUAGCCAUCAAGGAGACGGAUAUUUUGGAAGGUUGGGUCAGAGUGGAACUGGCUUGGGCGGUCAGGGUUUGGUUGGAAGGCAGAGAGAGAUUGCACACUCUGCACGUAGCCUGUAGGACGUGUCAGCUCCGUCGUGCCCCUCUCUCAUUCCACGAGAAGCAUCGACCGUUCCUGGUGCUUUAUACCAAGUAUGCUGGUAAACGUCGUCGAGGAAGAACUCUGGAGUGUGGAGCUAACACCAGCGAGUGUUGUCGGGAGCCGCUAUAUGUUAGUUUUAAGGAACUCGGCUGGGACGACUGGAUUAUCAGACCCGAGGGCUACCACGCAUACUUCUGUAAAGGCAACUGCGCCCCAAUAUACGCUGUCUCACAGGCGGAUAGCUAUCAUCAUAAUAUAAUCAGAAAAUACUUCUAUUCGGUGAACGAUAAUCGCAGAGGGGAAUUCAAGCCGUGCUGUGCGCCGACUACUUUUAGCUCGUUACAACUACUCUACAUGGACUCAAACAACACCGUCACUCAGAAAACUUUACCAAACAUGGUCGUAGAAUCUUGUGGUUGUAUGUGA